AUGUCUGUGGUAGUCCCGGCUUACAACGAGGAGGACCGUCUAGGAGGCAUGCUGGAAGAAGCAGUGAACUACCUGGAACGGAUGUACGGGACAUUGGCUGCCAACAGUGACCGCAAUGCGACAGCGACAGCGACUAGUGACCAGAAGAAUACAACCCGACAACGGAAGCCCGGAAAUGGCCAAGGAUCAAUGUGCGAGGAGCAGAAAGGCUGGGAGAUACUCAUUGUCUCGGACGGAUCUAAAGAUAAAACGGAGGAUGUCGCUUUCAAGUUUGCGCGGGAUCAUCAGCUCUCGCUACACCCCAAGGGGUAUGCCGGUCCUUGGACGCCCAGGCCACAGGAAGGUGUUCCCAUCCCUCCUGGUGCGAUCAGGGUGGUGACCAUCACCCAGAAUCGAGGAAAAGGAGGUGCAGUCACGCAUGGGUUACGGCACGUCCGGGGUCAAUACGUUGUGUUUGCGGAUGCGGAUGGCGCGACCAAGUUCGACGACCUGGGUAAGCUCGUCGAUGCGAGUAAGGAGAUCGAGGAUGUCGAUGGACGAGCCGUGGCGGUGGGUUCCCGAGCACACAUGGUUGGCAGCGAAGCUGUUGUCAAGCGCUCGAAAUUACGGAACUUUCUCAUGCACUCCUUCCACCUGAUCCUCUGGCUGCUGACCCCAGCCAAGACAGCCACGAUUAAGGAUACCCAAUGCGGAUUCAAGCUGUUCUCACGCGCCUCACUCCCCUAUAUCGUCCCAUACAUGCACUCGGAAGGCUGGAUCUUCGACGUGGAAGUGCUCAUGCUAGCGGAAUUCGCGAGGAUCCCCGUGGCGGAGGUAGCCGUCGGGUGGCGUGAGGUCACAGGGAGCAAGCUGAACGUAAUCCGCGAUAGUAUUGGGAUGGCCUGGGGCCUAGCCGUGCUCCGGGCUGCAUGGUCAUUGGGAGUAUAUAGACGGAGCUAG